AUCCUUCCUCCCUCGGACAUGGCGCCCACCUGCCCGGCGGCAGCAGCCGGCUCCGGCGCCGCGGUCCGCGGGUGCGGGCAGAAGAGCAGUUGGAGCUUCGGUCGUGGGGCGGAAGGAGCUGGAGGGGGCGGCGGCGGCGACGGCGGCGGCGGCGGCGUCCGUGACGCCGCGCGAGGGCCCGCGUGUUAAAGCUGAGAGCGUCCGGGCGGCGGACGGCUGGCAGCGGGCCGCGCGGCGCGCGCCGGCCCCGGGGCGCAGGCAUGGCGUCCCGGGUGCUGCUGCUGCUUCGGCAGGGCGUGUGGGCCGCGCUCACCGGGGGCUGGUACCACGACCCGGACCAGAGCAAGUUCACUAACAGCUGCCACCUCUACCUGUGGCUGUUCUUGCUGCUGCUGCCCCUGGCCCUGCACCUGGCUUUUCCUCCAAAUGCCAUCACUGUAUUUUUUUACUGCAGCUCAGUGACGAUAUUCUUCACAAUAAUCAAAUUGAUCAGUUAUCGCCUACACCUCAUGUUUGAUAAAGGAGAAGUGAUUCAGCAAAGGCCCUCCAGAAAGAAGGAAAAGCCAAAUAAAGACAAAGAGGCCAUCAGUGACCACAUAACCAAUCAUAAAAAUACAAGCAAUAAUGGGCGGAUUAACAACGGCAAAAAGGAAGAGGCCAGUCGAACCCUCUCCACGCCUCCCGUCCACGGCAGCUCCAGAGGACAGAGCAUAAACUCUCAUCAUUCAUCUGGGCUCCUGGAGCUGCCAGAACAGGAAACAGUGGAAGAUCUCAAAGGUGUCAUUGUGUCAGAUGACCAGCCCGUAGCACCAGUGUCAUCUACAUCACCUGGGAUGAAAACGGAACGCUUACCUGCUUCUAAAGGGCACGUGCCGGAAACCAUGACCACGUCAGCAAUACCAGUGAAACCAGUCGUGGCAGAAACUUGCAUCAGUGAUAAAGGGAAGGAAAAAGGGGGCCAGGGGCAGUCCCCCUUCUGCCACAGAUCCGAGGGUGGCUUGGUGGACAAAGAAGCCGUGAAGAAGGUGCCCUACCUGUCUUUGUCUCAAUACGACUUACUGGAGACAGAUGUUUCUUUCCAGCCUUGGGGGAGUGAGAAUUCCGUCCCGAUCCCAGAACCUGGGAAUUUUGCCUCCAUCAGGGAACAGUUGCAAAGCAAGUCGCCUCAGGACAGCCUGAGCAGUAGCUGCCCUCAGUGUAACACCGUCAUCGCCAAACCUGGGCGGGAGCACGUUUCCCAGCAGGUGGACCCACCCUUGAACCAGGAGGUGGAUGACUCAGAUAAUGAGGUCGCUGUCACUCUUAUAGAUACUUCUCAACCUGGAGACCUGCUGAGUCUGCACGAGCCCAUUAAGAUUGUCAUCACCAUGAGCAGUACCCCCAACUCCAUGACAGACUUGGAAAGUUCUCUUCACCUGAAGGUGGUUGGUACUGAGGCAACCGGCUUCACGUGUGAUGCCGAGCCAGUUCCCCCAGGGGCCGCUGGUCCUGAGAAACAGAUGAGAAUUCCCAUCAUCACCCUUGAGCUGUCUGAGGGUGGAGGAGGAGGCAUGGUGUGUCCUGAAGGCAAUGGAAGUGACAGGACGCCGGAGAGAUUGAUGGUGGAGGCGUCUUCCAAUCCAUGUUCUGGCUAUGAAUCUGGGGACGGGGGCGAUGCCACCCAGGACCACAGUCCUUCCCCAGGAGACCCCUGUACAACCCCGCCACCCACGCCUGAUGUGGUCUCCGAGUCUGAGGGGGGCACGGAAGUCCAGGCUAACCUUGACCCAUCAUCUUGUAGAACCAGCCAGGAAAAGAGACACUCCCAAGUCCUCAGUGUAGACAGCGGGACAGACGUCUUCUUGAGCAAAAGUUCCGCAGAAGUUAUUAACGAUAAAGAGCAAACAAUGCCAACUUCCAAAUCUGACCUGGAGGCCAAGGAAGGACAAAUACCAAAUGAAUCCAACUUCCUGGAAUUUGUCUCCCUGUUAGAAUCAAUUAAUACUUCCAAGGUGGUGGUAUCCAACCAAAAGAAUGAGCCGGCAGAGGAGAGCAAAGACAGCGGGCUUCCUGGAGAUAACCAUUCCCAGGAGAAAAAGGAGGAAAUCCUAGAAAGUGAGAAGCCCAGUGGACCCAACGCCAAGCAAGGAAAACCAGACGUGCAAAGUCAAGAGCACACCAGCACCAGCCCCGGGCUCACUGAACCUGCCAAGAUCCCGACCCUUUUCCAGGGCAGUAGACAGAGGCAGAUAAUCUACAGGGUAACUUCCCAACAAGAUAGUUCUGUGUUGCAAGUCAUCAGUGGACCUGAAACAUCUGUGCAAGAUGAGAUGUCUGUGGAUGCGAUGCAUGUCUUUAUCGAUGAACAUGGGGAAAUUAAAUCCUGUUACUUAAAGUCUGGAAAUCAGAAAGAAGACCCUUUCCAGCAUCAGCCAUCAAAUUAUGACGGCUUCUCUCACGCUGGAGACAUACAGAGCAGCUCGUCCAGUACCACAACUUCCGAGAGUCAAGAUCCUUCUUCAGGGGACCCUGUGGUCAGUGCCUUGCAACAACAGCUGUUGCUGAUGGUGGCUCGGAGGACCCAGUCAGAAACCCCACGGCAUCUGAGUCAGGAUCUAGAAGACUCUUCCUGUUCUUCCACACAAGGAAAAUUUAACCGAGAGCAGUUUUACAAGUUUAUCAUCUUCCCUGGCAAGUGGAUUAAGGUCUGGUAUGAUCGCCUUACCUUGCUGGCGUUACUUGAUCGAACUGAAGAUGUCAAGGAAAACGUGUUGGCAGUUUUACUGAUUGUCCUGGUUUCCCUGCUCGGAUUUCUGACACUGAACCGAGGCUUUUGCAAAGACAUGUGGGUGCUUCUCUUCUGCCUCGUCAUGGCCAGCUGCCAGUACUCCCUGUUAAAGAGCGUUCAGCCUGACCCCGCCUCGCCAAUCCACGGACACAACCAAAUCAUAACAUACAGCAGACCAAUCUAUUUUUGUGUGCUGUGUGGCCUUAUCUUGCUGCUUGAUACUGGGGCCAAAGCCAGGUACCCUCCCACUUACAUUGUGUAUGGCCUGAAGCUCUUCUCUCCAGGGUCUCUCCAGUCGGCUAGGGACUUCUUAAUAGUAUUUCUAUAUUGCUUCCCUGCAAUCUCCCUCCUUGGGCUCUUCCCGCAGAUCAACACUUUCUGCAUCUAUCUUUUGGAGCAAAUUGACAUGCUGUUUUUUGGAGGUUCUGCUGUUUCCGGGAUGCUGUCGGCCGUUUACAGCGUGGCCCGGAGUGCUUCUGCCGCAGCUGUGCUGCACGUGUUCUGCUUCAGCGCCGUGAAGGAACCCUGGAGCACGCAGCACAUCCCAGCACUGUUCUCUGCCUUCUGUGGCCUCCUGGUUGCGCUUUCCUACCAUCUGAGCAGACAGAGCAGCGACCCCUCUGUGCUCCUGUCCUUUAUUCAGUGCAGAUUGCUUCAUAAGUUUUUACAUCAAAAUCUGGAAGAGUUGGCUGCAGACCCUCUCCCCAAGAAGAUGAAAGAUUCUGUGAAGGAUAUCUUAAAAUCGGAUCUCAUCAUCUGCUCGGUGGCUGCCAUUCUGUCCUUUGCGGUCAGCGCCAGCACUGUGUUCCUGUCCUUGCGGCCGUUUCUCAGCAUCGUGCUGUUUGCCCUGGCCGGCACUGUGGGGUUUGUAACCCACUACCUGCUCCCACAGCUCCGCAAGCAUCACCCGUGGAUGUGGAUUUCACACCCCGUCCUUAAAAACAAAGAGUAUCAGCAACGGGAAGUGAGAGAUGUCGCCCAUUUAAUGUGGUUUGAAAGACUCUAUGUUUGGCUUCAGUGUUUUGAAAAAUACAUCUUGUACCCAGCAAUCAUUUUGAAUGCCCUUACUACGGAUGCAUUUUCAAUAAGCAAUUACCGGAGACUUGGUACCCACUGGGACAUUUUCCUGGUGGUCAUAGCGGGCAUGAAGCUGCUGCGGACCUCCUUCUGUAACCCAGUCCACCAGUUUACUCACUUGGGCUUCACCGUCAUCUUUUUCCAUUUCGACUACAAAGACAUUUCAGAGAGUUUCUUACUGGAUUUCUUCAUGGUGUCCAUUUUAUUCAGCAAGCUCGGGGACCUGCUUCACAAGCUACAGUUCGUCAUGACCUACAUGGCUCCCUGGCAGAUGGCUUGGGGUUCCUCAUUUCACGUGUUUGCUCAGCUGUUUGCAAUUCCUCAUUCCGCCAUGCUUUUCUUUCAGGCGUUUGCCACGUCGAUCUUUUCUACUCCACUGAGCCCGUUUCUCGGGAGUGUCAUUUUUAUCACAUCGUAUGUCAGGCCAGUGAAAUUCUGGGAGAAAAACUACAAUACAAGACGCGUGGAUAAUUCCAACACAAGACUGGUGGUCCAGAUUGAAAAGGAUCCAGGGAGCGAUGGCAACAACCUCAAUUCCAUCUUUUACGAACACUUGACAAGGGCCCUCCAGGAGUCCCUCUGUGGAGACCUCGUCCUUGGCCGAUGGGGUAACUACAGCUCUGGAGAUUGCUUUAUAUUGGCUUCAGACUACCUCAAUGCUUUCGUUCACCUGAUUGAAAUUGGCAAUGGUCUUGUCACCUUUCAACUUCGGGGACUGGAAUUCCGAGGAACCUACUGCCAGCAGAGGGAGGUGGAAGCCAUCACAGAGGGCGACGAGGAUGACAGAGGUUGCUGCUGCUGCAAACCAGGUCACCUGCUCCACCUGUUGUCCUGCAACGCCGCCUUUAACCUCCGCUGGCUCACCUGGGAGAUCACGCGAGCGCAGUACAUCCUGGAGGGCUACAGCAUCAUGGACAACAACGCGGCCACCAUGCUGCAGGUUUUUGACCUCCGAAGGAUCCUCAUCCGAUACUACCUCAAGAGCAUAAUAUACUAUAUGGUGACGUCCCCCAAACUGUUUUCCUGGAUCAAAAACGAAUCCCUUCUCAAGUCCCUGCAGCCCUUUGCCAAGUGGCAUUACAUUGAGCGCGACCUUGCAAUGUUCAACAUGAACAUCGAUGACGACUAUGUCCCGUGUCUCCAGGGGAUCACUCGAGCCAGCUACUGCAACGUGUAUCUGGAGUGGAUUCAGUACUGUGCACGGAAGAGGCAAGAGCCCUCGAAGCACCUGGACAGUGACGAGGACUCUCCUCUGGUGACUUUGUCGUUCGCACUCUGCAUCCUGGGCAGGAGAGCUCUGGGGACUGCAGCUCACAACAUGGCCCUCAGCCUGGAUUCUUUCCUGUACGGCCUCCACACCCUCUUCAAAGGUGACUUCAGAAUAACAGCCCAGGAUGAGUGGGUGUUUGCAGACAUCGACCUGCUGCACAAAGUUGUUGCCCCGGCUCUCAGGAUGUCCCUGAAGCUGCACCAGGACCAGUUCACUUGCCCCGACGAGUACGAGGACCCCGUGGUCCUCUACGAGGCCAUACAGUCCUUUGAGAAGAAAGUGGUCAUCUGCCAUGAGGGCGACCCGGCCUGGAGGGGCGCCGUGCUGGGCAACAAGGAGGAGCUGCUGACCCUGCGGCACGUGGUGGACGAGGGCACGGACGAGUACAAGGUCAUCAUGCUGCACAGGGGCUUUCUGAGCUUCAAGGUGAUCAAGGUGAACAGAGAGUGUGUCCGUGGCCUUUGGGCGGGGCAGCAGCAAGAGCUCAUCUUCCUCCGCAACUGCAAUCCCGAGCGCGGCAGCAUUCAGAACCACAAGCAGGUCCUCCGGAACCUGAUCAGUUCCUCCUGCGACCAGCCCCUGGGCUACCCCAUGUAUGUCUCCCCGCUCACCACCUCCUACCUAGGGACCCACAGGCAGCUGAAGAACGUCUGGAGCGGACCCGUCACCUUGGACAGCGUCAGGGCGUGGUUCCGAGCCAAGUGGUUAAGGGUGCGGAAGGACUGCGAUGCCGCCGGCCAGCCCGGCGCUGGCAACAGCCAGGACGCCGACGGCAGGGGCGCCCCGCCCGUAAGCGGCAGCAGCGCCCCCAGUGGUGAGAGUCGGGAGAGCAGCUCGGAACAGCCCAGAAAGGAUGGGAGCCGCCACCGGUCACCCCCUGAAGGGACAAGGACGACAGCCCUGCCUGAAGCCUCACCAUCCCCCUGCCUCAGUGGCUGCCCGGGGCGAGGCUUUCCUGAAACUCACCAGGGGGCAUCACAGCUGGUGGCAUAAGCCAGACACCCAUUCUGCGGGGCUGGACAGGGUUGGAGUCCAAACUUGCCUUCAAAAGGAUGAAACACCAUGAGACAGUUGGCUUGAAACCAGCCACUGGGACUCACAGCCACGCCUCAAGGCAGCAGGGAAAUCUCGGGACGUCAGGGCACAGCAGGCCCCUGAGAGACAUCUAGAAAAGCUCGAAGCUGGCAUCAGAAAGGGACAACCUUACUCCCCACACCCAGGACACAGACACCUCCUCCUGCCCCUGGAAAACUGAAAUGUCCCCUUCUUUUUACUACCACUCUGGUUAAAGCCAUACGGGGACAUGGCCACCUUUGGCUUGGUUCACUGCACGCGCUCACUCCCUGGGGAAGUUCAAGGCCAGGACCCCUGUCCCUUCUCUCCACGUCCCUCGGCGGCAGCUAGAAACACGCCCCACCUGUGAGUAAGCACCGUGUCGGAACCCCGGGGCUUGGAGAACAAAGCCCAGGAGGGGGUAAGCUUCUGGUGGGAUCCCAGGCUGCAUCCCUCAGCGCCCGAUAAACGCAGGUGCUCACACGCGUCCACGCUGCAGGCUAGAGGAGAGCUGCCCCCGCCCGGCUCAGGCCUCCACCCACAGGCCGCCGCCCCUGAGCCGGUGCAGAGUGGGGAUGGGGUAGGGGGACUCCCGUGCCCUGACAGGGCCAGGUGCAAAGCUGUCAGUUACCAAAGCCCCGAGUGCAGUAGCCCUCGUGACCCCAAGGACACCGGCCCCAGAAGGAGCCGCACAUGGGGAGGGGACGGCCCUGCCCGGCGCCACCAAGGACUCUUCCCAGAUGACGCAGCCAGUGGUGAGAUGCCCGAAGGCCCCUGGAAGAGGGAGGGCGGCCUGGGAAGCCACCCCCCCCACCCGCUGCCAUUCCCAGCAGGACGGCAUCGCCAAAGGGGCCUCUGUGCUGUGCAGUUGCUGGGUUUCCUUCUAACCUCUGGCUUCUCUGGCCUCCUUCUCGCCCUCCCUCCGACUGAAUCAAACCAUGGUGCCCGCAGCUUCCAGAAAGCAAGCCAGGAGCCUGCUCAGCCGGUGCAGGGAAGUUAGAGGUCGGUCUCCAGUCCUGGGGGGGAUAUUCCUGAUCCCGUAUCUUUGUACUCGACCUGGAAGACUCACUUUCCCAGCUCCUGUUCCGUAGCUCGCCUCCCAGGCUACAGGGGAGGCCCAGGGCCCAGUCUGCAGGGGCACACGGGUCGCGGGGGGGGUGGGUCUCAGUGUCUAGGUCAAGGCACUUUUGAAGCUUCCCAGAUGGUUCCAAUGGCUAAGGUUAAGAAGCCCUUGGCCAAACCCAAACCGCCUGGGGCUGGCUCUGUUCCCAGUCAGGGGUUGAAGAAGCUCUGGGUUUCCGUGCGAGGUGAGUUUUGCAGGUUGGGUCGUUGUUUCCUGGUCAGUGUGCCGCGUGCCGAGCCUGUCGAUGCGCCGAUGCAGAGAGGAAGGGCGGAGGGUGGAGAGCACCGCGUGAUGCCACGUAGGCAACCAGUGAUGACCAGUGUGCUGUGCCCUGUGGGAGUCCCUGGGGCCGAGGUGAAGGACCUGACUUCCCGGGCAGGGCAUGACAGAGAAGCCUAGCUAUGCAGCAAUGAUUGAGCCGCUCUCAAGGGGGAAUGUGAAUGAAAUUCUAAGAACAGACUCUUGUUUUACUCACAGUGCCCAAGGCUCAGUGCCCAUAACUGGAGUCCCAACUGCUCCCUCGCUCCCUGGGUCCCUGCUUCAGUCCCCAGCCGAGUAUCCCCAUCCUGGCCCUUGCCAGACUCCCAGAGGACUGCAACCCCAGGUGGGCACAGUGUGUGGACGCCCAGCACCUCAUGCCUGACUCGCGGGCCCUCACGCCCUACGGCCAGGAACUCACUAUGCAGCCCUAAGUGCGGCCUGACCACCUGCAGACUUCUUGCUCGAAGGGGACUCAGCCCACUGGUGGAGGCUGGUGGGCUGCUUGCUGAGGAGAGCAGUUAGGAAUUUGUAACUAAUCUGAAUCCCAUAUUGGACAGGAAGGCUAUCUCUUCUAUCCUAUUUUUUUAAUAGUUUAGUGUUUUAUUUUGAAAUUUUUUACAGAAAAACUUCAAGAAUAAGGCAAUGAAUACCUACAUACAUUUCAUCUAGAUUCAAUAGUUAACAUUUGAUACAUAUAAUUUCUCUCUUCUAUCCUAUUCUAAGGAUUUGCACCACCACCUUUCAGAUAACAAUCAAAGACCAAGGAAUAGUGCUGGGAUAAUGAACAGGGGCGGGGAAUUUACAUGGCAUUUCAACCCAGGUCCUAAGGAGGUUUUCCCUAGAAACGCUCCGAAUUUGAUAACGAAGUAACUGGCAAACUAAGUUAAACUACAGAAUAAUAAGUAGCAUAGAUGUAUUUAGCUUGGUUUCGUGCUCGUUCCAUUUGCAAAAUUAACUUUUAAAAAAUCAAGAGCGACAAAAAAAAAACCCAAGAAAA